AUGCGACCCUCUGUGACGGCAGCUAACCGCCAACAAGCCGACCUGCAUGCUCCCCCGCUUCGUUCCCAGAACACGCUGGAUUCCUCACCCGAGAGACAGAAGGCGCGCAAAGAGGUCCUCCAAGAUGCCAUAUUCCCUUCCUACAAAGACGACGCAGGAGGCCCGGACUCUAGCCACCCGGACGAAAUGGCGAAAGAGGACCCACUGGGGAUCCAGAUGUGGAAGCUCUGGAGCAGGACCAAGCACCAGCUGCCAAACCAAGAGCGCAUGGAUAACCUGACCUGGCGGAUGAUGGCGAUGAACCUCAAACGCAAGGAACGGGAGCAGGCGAGAUUCAAUGAAUUGCAGCAGCGCACCAGAACACGGCAGCCUUCUGGAAUUGCGCAGCUUCGAAAUGGACUCUCUGUACCUGAAUCGAACAUCAACGCAGAUGACAUGAACAUUGACGAUUUCAUACUUCCCAACUCAACUGCGUCUCCUGCCAAUCUCACCCCUUCUCCUCCAACUCCACCACCGAAUACGGUAGUAGCAGCCAUUCCCAUUAAGCAACGAAAAGAACCCCAACAGCAGCAUGGUGCUUUUUCACAUUUCCCACCGUCCGCCCCUUCGCAAGAGCGGGCCCGGAGCAGAGAAUUUGAUUAUGUCCAAAGGCGAGUUCGAAAGACAAGUAUUGACGAGACCAAAGGUCGAAAACGUCCUGCUGAGUUCUCCCCUCAAGUCCAAGCAACUGCCGCUCCUAGCAUCAUGAUUCCCAGCGAUGCGGAUCCGGACCAUGGUCUGGUUGACUAUUCACUGGAUCAGUCCCAUCAUCCCGGAUUUCUUGUUCAUGCCAACUCCUUUCCACAACAGCUAUCUUUCAAUAUGAAUGACUAUAAUAUGGAUGAUCCAAUUCUGAACUCUGCUGGGGUCAAUUCGAACUUUGGCUUCUCUCCAAACAUUUCCCCAAUCAAUAGUGCUGGUAUCCCCAAUCACUACGGCAAGGGUAUGGAUGGAUAUCCCUUGAGUGCUGGUGACUUCAGAUCGCCUCCAGAUUCAACCCGUCCAUCCAGUGGAUCGACACCACAGCCACUGUACGAAAACAUGGAAGUGCACCGUGGACGAGCACAGAACAUACCGAUUCAUCGGGCACCACAUUUCAACAAUGAUAUGCAGCAGCACUACAUGUUCAAUAUGGGCCAUGACACAAUGCUGAACUCUGCAAGCAGCACAGGAGGUCUGUCAAGCUUCCCAACGCCUGCUUAUUCCAUGCAACAACAUGUCAAUCCUUCUCAUGUUCUACGCCCAGAGCAUCCGGAUAGUCAAAUGCAAGGCACAAUGUCUGCACGCAAUGAGAAUAUCUUUACUUUCGGCGACGACUCAGACAACGAAGAAGACGAACGAUCGUCUUUUCCAGAGGGAACGAUGAUGAUGCAGACUGACUACUCGCCGGUAGAGGAUCCUCCACUUGAUGUACGGCACAGUAUGUCUUGGGAUGGGGGGCAGAUGCACAACAUGGCCUCGCGGCUCGCUGGUGGUGGUCCGAAGAAGCAAGUAACCAUAGGUGGAACCGAAAUGGUUUCCUCACCCCAGGAUUGGUCUCCCGACGGCCCCGUAAAUCACAGUCGCGGACCAUCGGCUUCCGUCAGUGACGUUCGAAAGAGGAGUAACGAUCCACGGCAGCAAAAGAUUCCGCGCACAAGCUCGACUCCUAAUGUCCUGAAUUUUGGCCAACAAAUAUCCAUGAAUGGCCGUCCACAAUCUUCUCCCAGUUCUCCUCCGAUCUCUGGCUUCAGUAGUACUGUGCCCUCUCGUCCAUCCAGCCCGGACGGGUCCAAAUCCGGAGACAACAAUGGGGUUCCAACAACCUGCACUAAUUGCUUUACGCAGACCACACCACUAUGGCGCCGAAAUCCCGAAGGGCAUCCAUUGUGCAACGCUUGUGGCCUCUUUUUGAAAUUGCAUGGUGUGGUUCGACCUCUUUCCUUGAAGACAGACGUCAUCAAGAAGCGGAACAGGGGAAGUGGCCACCAGCUGCCAGUCGGUGCCGCCUCAACAAGGUCCUCAAAGAAGAACUCGCGGAAGAACUCUGUCAACCAGGCGGCUGCUGCUACUCCUACUCCUACAAGAGGUGGGCAGAACGAUUCGGCAUCGCCCCCUUCUACCUAUGGUUCAGGAUCAACUGCUGGCAGUACGCCUACAAGCUAUGGACCAGGGACAUCUUCUGGUAAGAGCGGCGUUGUUGCCAUCGCGGCUGCGCCCCCCAAACCCUCAUCAGUGUCCACUCAAAGUAGGCCAUCCACUACCGUUGUCCCUAAACGUCAGCGUAGGCACUCAAAGGCAAAUACAAAUAAGAGUGGAGAUGGUUUACAAGAAGCUGAAAUGGCUGACGCAGACGAUAUCAGUGGGAAGGCUUCAUCUACAGCUGCUCGAAAUAAAGAUAUCGCCAAUCACUCAGCUAUGCACGGUGGUAUGAGUGGCAUGUCCAGCAUCAUGGGUGGUGCUCAGCCAACCGCAAUGGCUGGUGGGCCUGGUAAUGGGAGUCAAGAAUGGGAGUGGCUCACCAUGAGCUUGUGA